CACCAAAAAAAUAGCGCAACAAUGGAACGUUUCCCCAGGUCACCGGCGGAAGCCGACAAACUCAUUCAGAUGGGCAAGCUACUGAACGAGGCGAUCCAGACGGUCACUGAAGAGUGGAAGACGGAGAGUUUUUCGAAGAAGCAAGCAAACGGUGUGAAUGGUGUCAAUGGUGUCAACGGCGCAAACACCAAUGACCCAUCUAACACUGCAGACAUUCUUCCGAGUUGGCCUUUGUACCAGGCCCAGCGUACGAUUUUUGCGUUGACUGGUGCUCUGACUGAGUUGGUGGCAGAGCCCGCCCACCGCUUGACAGAGCUCAUGGGACUGUACUGGGAGUCUAGGGCGCUGUACAUUGCUGCAGAACGUCGCAUCCCAGAUCUUUUGCACGAAGCUGGUGAAGAUGGGUUAGAGAUCAGCGAGAUUGCCAAGAAGACUGGGAUUGAGCACCUCAAAUUGUCGCGCAUAAUGCGAUGCCUGGCUUCUAUACAUGUCUUCCGCCUGACAGGCCCCGAGCGCUUUGCCAACAACCGAAUUUCCGCUCAGCUGGUCCACAAUGAACACAUGAGAGCGUACAUCACUAUGUUCCAAGGCGAUAUAUACACCUCCGCAGAAAGGCUUCCAAAGUACCUACUGGGACCCACUGGUACUUCCUACAGCGUGACAGAAACACCCUGGCAAGAAGCUCACGGUAGCUCGAGACCAAGGUGGGAGUGGCUGGCUGAAAAGAUUCCCCCCAGUGAGAUUCAGAACGAUGGUGUUGGAUAUCCCGGCGUUCCUGACCCGAGUCAAUUUGCGCAUAACACGCCAGAUGCAGACGGAAGGGUCCCACGACCCGAAUUAGAGCUCUUCGGUCUGGCCAUGGUUGGAGGAGGGAGAGCAAUCAGCGCCUCCCAGCCAUAUGACUACCCAUGGCACGAACUAGCCGAAGGUGCAACUGUUGUCGAUGUCGGCGGCGGUGUCGGCGGUUUCAUUAUGCAACUUCUCCGCGUCUAUCCUCACCUCAGCUGCGUUGUACAAGAUCGAGCUGAAGUAGUCAAGCAAGGCGAGCAAGAGAUUUGGCCACAGCAGGCAGCUCAACUGCUAGAGACCUCCAAGGUCAAGUUCCAGGCUCAUGACUUCUUCAAGCCGAACCCGGUCCACGGGGCUGAUAUCUAUUGGCUGCGAGGUAUCUUGCACGAUUGGUCCGACGAAUACUGCGUGCAGAUUCUCACCAGUGUUCGCGAUGCCAUGUCCGACAAUUCGCGCAUUCUGCUGUGUGAGCAAGUCAUGAACGACCCCUAUGGCUGCGACGAGCUGGCAUCUGCUCCUUCUCCUCUCCCGGCAAACUAUGGGUAUUUCGGUCGCUUCCAGGCGCAUCGCGAUCUGAGUCUGAUGGCAUGUAUCAACGGAAUUGAGCGCACGCCAGCUCAGUUCAAGGACUUGAUCGAUAGAGCUGGUCUCAAACUAGCGAAGAUACACGAACUCAGGUCUAUCUACUGUGUUAUUGAAGUUACGAAAUAGACUAUAGAAUUAGAGCUCGCGACUAUCAAGUUCGGUUUGAAGCAGGACAAAGUAUACAUAGAUAAACUCUCGCUUAGCACAUCUGAGGAUCACCGAUCACAUACAAUCAAUCAAACUUUCUACACGGGUUGACCUCAUCGAUCUGAUUUAAGAAGACAAAUAACGGGACCGUGAUCAUACGCGCUACUUUUCCGUCAUGCAUUUGAUUGUUGAACUUCUACUUGCUCUGCACGCGCCCCUUGAAUUCGCAAUCUGAACUACAGGCUCUGAAGCGAGUUGAGAAGCAUUUUCCUUGUUGGAAUUGAUCUAGUAAAUUGUUAAAUAUACUCGCUGUAAGUUGCACGUUCUAUCCUAUAAUUUCCCUAGUCUGAUGGUACCUUCCUUCACGGAUUGGAACCAAGGUGUGUAUAUCGAUGCCCCAAAUAUUGCACUGCACUUGAUGGAU